UGAGGAGUGGGGGUGUGGACACAGGAGUCAACUCCUGAGAAGAAUGGCUGUGAUGAGGGUGGGGAGGAGGUGGUAAUGGUUUGGGGUGGAUUCUGGGAAGUACCGGAAAGCAGAUGAUAAAUUUCCCCAGAGCACGUAAGUGGGGCCUCCGAUGGGGCCCAGGAGAAAAGACAAAGAACUGGGGGCCCAGGGCAGUGGGGCUGCGGGUUUGGUGAUGAGCAGAGAUAGCUUCCCGCCCGCACCCCCGUUUCCUCCACGAGGUUGAGACCCGGGCUCCUAAGUAUGUGUGUGGAGGGUGCGGGGAAUUUGGGCGAAGUGCGGUGGGACCGCGGGGUUUGCCGAGGGUAUUGGGCCUCAUUUGAGGUUGAAGCUCAGGAGUUUGGGGGCCAGAAGACUGUGCAGUCUGGGGUGAGGGCGGUUCUCUAGACUUGCUCCUCCGCCUGGUAGGUCCCCGAAGGGGACAAGGAACCAGACCUGGCCGCGGUGGCUACAGGACCGGGGCACCCAGGAGUUGGGCCAGGAGGCGGCCCCGCGCCCAGGGGCUGCCGUGGUCCGGGCGUCCUCGAGGCCUUGCCCCCGCCGCAGUGUUGGACCAGGGGCGGCGGGCAGUGGAGGCGGGCCGGCGGGCAGUGGAGGCGGCCCUGCGCGCGUCUGCCAGCCCUGCGAGUCGGGGGCAUGGACUCGCGGCGCAGGGCUUCCUGCAACCGCUCCCGCCCGCCUCCGCCGCCGCCGGGGAUUAGCACGCUCCUGGCCGCGCGGCGGGAUUAACCCGCGUGGAUGCGGCGCCCGGCUCGGGGAUUACGGCGCGCCCCCUCGACGGAUAUAUUCCCGCGGCGGCGGCGGCGGCGGGCGGGAGGAAUGGCGGCGGCGCGGGGCGCGGCGGGCCGCAGGGGUCCCGGGCGGCCCUGCCCCUUCUCCAUCGAACACAUCCUCUCCCGCCUGCCCGCGAGCAGCCCCCCGGCCCGGGCCGCCCGCCCGCCGCCGCCCGCCGGCCGCCAGAGCCCCGCGGAGCCGGGGCAGCCUGGGGCUCCCGAGGCCGUGCCCUGCGCCUGCUGCUGCUGCUGCGGCCCCCGCGCGGCGCCCCGCGGGUCCCCGGAGCCGGCCGCCGGCCUGGGCGCGCGGCUGCCGUGGCCGCUGAGGCUGGGGCCCGCGGCGCCCUUGCCCUUGGCCGCACCCACCGGGGGCUCCGGGGCGCCGCCCGACGCGGGCGGCCCUGGCCCACAGCGGCGCACGCGGCGCCACCGCACCAUCUUCAGCGAGGAGCAGCUGCAGGCGCUGGAAGCGCUCUUCGUGCAAAACCAGUACCCCGACGUGGGCACGCGCGAGCGCCUGGCCGGCCGUAUUCGCUUGCGCGAGGAGCGCGUGGAGGUCUGGUUCAAGAACCGCCGGGCCAAGUGGCGACACCAGAAGCGCGCAUCGGCGUCCGCGAGGCUCCUGCCGGGAGCCAAGAAGCCCCCGAAGGAGAGCUGCUGACGGCUGCAGAGUUACUCCUGGGCUCGGUGGCACCCUCUGGGGCCGGCUCAGGGAGAGGACAGACCUACCCUAAUAGGAGUUGGGAGAGGACGCCAGCCUCUAACCUGGUGUCUGCCCAGUUGCCUGCGUCCUGGAGCUCAACGCGGGAGCCCCUCUGCGUGUGUCCCCGCGCCACCCGCCCCGCGGAAGGAGAGCGCACCGAUGCUCCGUGCUCGAUGCGCCUUCCCUUCCAAGGGCGAGUGGGCAGGAGGGCCGGGGAGACUCGGGGGUGGGAUGCGGGGCACAGAGCAAAUCAACUUCCUCAACCCCCCACCACACCCCAGGAGGCACCAAGCCACCCCAGGACAGGAGCCACCCCUUGUCAACUGUGACACCCAGCGUCCUCCUCCCCACCCACUUCCUGCUGGCCUCAGUCAUCUCAGCAGGGAUGCAGCCCCCUUGACUGGCUUAGAACCCUCCAGAGGCUGGGCGGGUGGGGUCUCUGCGUCCUGGGGCUGGUGCCAGGGGCCCGGGCGUCCUGACCCGCUGAAUAAGAAGGCUGGGUGAGGUCAUCUCCAGAAGUCCCAUUCCCGCUGCUCAAUCUUGUGAGUCUUGUGUGGCUACUGAGAAAUAAACAAGCUACUACAAGCUCUGAGAAAGCAGUCCAGACUUGAAGUCCUCCGUGGCUCCACUCCACACCCAGCCGGGACCUGCCCCUCCUCUCCUUCCCAGGGAGUGGGGGGCCGGAUUGUCACAGCCCGGUGAGUCCUCCGUCCCUGUGCCAGGGUGGGCCCAGCAGAGCAGACUGCCCCACAGAUCGUGGCCCGGCACCCUGCACUAGCCUCUAGGAGCUGCUUCUUGGGUGGGGGUCCUUGGUUUCCUCGCUCUGGGGUUUCCAUGCAGGAGUGUCUGCCUCCCUCACAGCAGCCAAUCUCUGCCACCCUGUGGGGCGGGACCAGGUUCAAUUGGGAGAAUCCCCCCCUCCACUGCCUUGGAAAAUGCUGUCCCCUCCAUCAUCCUGGCCCCAGCAAGAAGGACAGCACGAAAACAAGGCCUCAGUUCCCCAAGUUGGCCUGUAUGGUGGGCGCGAGGCACCUAACACCCCCCUCACCUGGCGUGG